CCCUCCUUUUCUUUUAUAUAGCUUCUCAUCUUUUUCUCCUUCUUAUGUACAUAAUUGAUGUUGGGACUCCUCAGCCAUGGCUAAUUUUCCUAGGUCUUUCAAACACUCUUCCCUUAGCCUAACAGAAGAUCCUUGGCCGUUUUCCUUCAUUUCCCUCUAAAAUUUUCUCGGGAAAUAAGACAGGGAAACUGUAAAUUAAAACUAGUCUUUGUUUGGCUUUUGUUUUUUGUUUUCCUUUUUUUUUUUCUUUGCAGAGAUGGGUAGUGGAGAGAAGAGUCUGAGGAGUUUUCACCUUCACCUUCCUCACCUUCAUCACCAUCAUCACGGGAAAAAACAAGUGAGGGAUGUGCCUAAAGGGUGUUUGGCAAUCAAGGUGGGACAAGGGGAGGAGCAGCAGAGAUUUGUAGUGCCUGUGAUUUACUUUAAUCACCCUCUGUUUAUUCAGCUGUUGAAGGAAGCAGAGGAAGAGUACGGGUUCGAUCAGAAGGGUACAAUCACUAUCCCUUGUCAUGUGGAAGAAUUUAGGUACGUUCAGGGCAUGAUUGAUAGGGAAAAGUCCAUUCAUCACCACCAUCAUGUAGGCUGUUUUAGGGUAUGAUGUUAUAUUUUUCUAGUGCCAAACAAGGCCUAGAUUUUUUUCAUCGGUUUUGUAAAUUUGGUUUGUUAGAUGGAUGGUUGGUUGGUUUUAUGAUGAGGGUGAUGUGAUGAUGAAGAACAAAUGUUGCUUGCAAUUGUAAUGACUUUGGUUAGGAACCAUAAUGGGAAAAGAGAAGUAGUAUAAAUGCUUUUCUCUUUG